AUGAAAGGCGUGACAUGGUUUUGGAAAGCUAAUACUAAUCCUUGGUCAUCGAAUGAGAUCGAACAAUGGAUUCCAUUCCCCAAUAUCAUUAACCGUCAAAUCGAACAGGCCUAUCAAGGUCGUCAAUUAGAAGUAGUGAUCAGUGAAAAAUAUAAAAUUGAUUUGAACAGAUUAUUACAAAUCGAUAUUCUUAACUUUGAUAGACAACGACCAGUUCGACGAUGUUCGAAAGCAGGAGAUACUCUCGCUUAUUAUCGUCGUGAACGAUUCAAUUUCGCCCAACCCAUUCAACGUUCUAUUGCCGAUGAUACUCUUAACUAUGGAUGCAGUUUUGUUACUGAUUGGUUUAUCCUAUUCACGAAAGUGAAUAGAACACUACGUGAUGAUGAUCGCUCGAAAUUGACUACACUUGGUCCAUUCUGCUAUCUAAUGUUUAAUUAUAUCGGCAUACGACAUAAUGAAUAUAUGUCUAUUCGAAAUCAGUUAAAAAGAUUUGUCAAAAAAACAGAUAAUAAUACGUCGGAGAUAACUGUUUAUCGUGGUGAAACACUAUCACUUGAUGAUAUUGAAAUAUACAAAAACGCAGUUGGAAAAGGUGAUUUCUACAAAUGGUUAUCAUUUGUAUCGACAUCUCGAUCACGUGAUGCGGCUGAAGAGUUUGGAUCAAAUGUGUUGCACAUUAUCACGAUUAAGCGAUCAUCGUCAAAUGAUCAAUAUGUCGAUCUUGAACCGAUUUCAUAUUAUAAUGAUGAAGAAGAAAUUCUACUACGGCCAGGUGUUCGAUUCAAAAUUGAUGAUACUUAUGAUGAUCCAAUUACGGGACGAUGUAUAUUUCAUAUUCAAAUUGAACCGUCAUUCAUAUCGAAUUUAAUGUAG